AUGGACGAUAUUGUGCAAUUUAAACAAUGGGCCACGAAGCUGGGCUGCCCGCCCGAGAGCAUUCCGUCGGAUGAGACAUUGAAAAGAUCGUUCCGUGACCAAAGUUCCGUGCUUAGCCAUAUCAUAGAAAAAGUACGCUCGAGGCAGGAAAUAGCGCUGAUGCGUAAGAAUGUGCUCGUCAAAAAGCUGCAAAUGCACCAGCAGAAAGAUAAGAUUGUGAUGAAUUCUAUGCUUCACACGCUGCCACCGGAACUGCAGCGUUUCGAGAAGAUUGAAAAGUUGAAGAGAAAGAUCGCUGAGACACGGUCCCGUGUAAGCCACUCGCAAAGCAGCUUUGAAACGAUCGGACUUCAAACCAAAGCAAAAAACGCCCAGAAGCUUCAAUUGCAACGCAAUCUCGAGGAGUUGCAGAGCAAAACCUCGCUGUACGCCGUUUACGAAACGGCACUAAAAGGCGGCAUAGAAAAAGAGACCCAACAGGCGCGUCGCAUCGAACGCAUUAUUCCUGCGAAGGGAACCGAACUUCCGGCGCAUGCAGAGUCGCCGGAGAGAGUCAUCGAACGGUGCAUCGAACUGCUGGAACGUUUCUACGAGCAGUUUCAGGAUUCGAACCAGCACGGUGACCGCGCGUUGCAGGAUAAACUGUGGUCGAACCUGCGCGGAGUGCUGCGUGGCAUUCCAAACCAUCUGCUGUGGGGUGUGUUACUGAAGCGAAAGGAUGAUCAUUUGCGAGAAAUUUCGGAGGAAGAUAACCGCCAGACGAACCUGAAGCAGAGUGAUACGCUUUCCGAUCACGAUUUGCUGCAGGUCGGCAUAGGGAAGCUGUGCACGAAUCACAUCACCGUUUACCUGGACGCCGUGGCCCAUCGCCGGCUGGUGCACGACACCAGGGAGGACUAUCUGGACAAGUACACACCGUGUGCGAGCGAGCUGGAAGCGAAACUGGCCCUGCUCAACUCGAUGGACGACGAGGCCGAGGAAGCGCUCGAGGACUAUCUGGUGCACUGGAACUCGCGGGAGUACAACCAGGGCCAGAUUCAAUUCCUGACGACGGAAAUCGAUCGUAAAAAGCAAGAAAUUGCAUCGGUCGAUCAGAAGAUACAAAACCACGAUCAGGUGCUGGCACAAUUGCGCGGGAUAUACGCAAAAAUCGAAGACAUCUCGAAGCACAUGGAGAACGAGCUCAGUCUCGUACGACAGAUCAAGCAAAAGGUGGCCUAUUCGAAAUAUUUGAGCCAUGUUACGGUGCGCGGCAUGCGCCAAAAGCACAACCCCAACAAGACCACACUUAAUAGCAGCGAUCAAUCGGUCAGCCGACUGGACAGUACGGUGGCCACUUCCCAUGGAGUACCAGCGUACAGUCCCGCAGUGUUGCCACCGCUGGUACGCGAGCUGAACAUAUUCGGAACGCUUGCCUUUGCGAAGUUCACAGGCCGCUCGAAAUUUGCUCACUUCUACCUGGCCCCCAAUCCGGCCGUGUUCUGUGAACCAUCGUCCUUCAGCGUCCUUGCUCUGCUACCGAGCAUUGCAACGAGUGCGGAUGCAUCCCUCAAACAGUUUGGAGCCAUGGUGGAGUUGCAAAAACAGGUCCGUGCGUCCGCUACUGAACCGUGCGUGGUCAGCGCGAUCAACAUCGAUCACGCGCAAUUCGAACAGCGCUGGCAGGGCAACCAUGGCCGUAUCUGUAAACUGUUGGACGAAAUGGAACUGAUCACUAACGGCACCCGUCAGGUGUUGGAUAAAACGCGCGUACAAUACAACUUUAACGUCGCAAACAGUCUCCGAAAGUAUGUGCCGGCCAUGAGACUGUUCAACGGACGCAGCUACCGGGAGUAUGAAAAUGAGUAUCUGAUGUACUAUCGAAUGAUCAACGGUGUUGGGACUAAUUGA